CCCACACGUACAAUCAAGAGCAGUGCAAAAUAAAACUCAUCACCUUUCGUCAUUGCUAUCGCGUAACUUUAGGUCUAUAUUUUUAUUCUGGGUCAGCAAUGGAAAGCGCCGCUCUUACUUGUCUUCUGGAAUCGCUUGAGCGUGCAGGCGGCAUUGUUUCGGACAGGAUUCAUAUUCUGGCGCCACCAGGAGGAGAGAGGGGUGUGUUUGUCCGAAAACAAGAGCCUGCCGACAACUUUGACAAUUCCGACGUGGUUAUUGCCCCGCUGGUGCGCAUCCCAAGGUCGCUGAUAAUUACAUCCGCCGUAGCGGCAAAUUCCGAAAUUGUCGGCGCUUGCUGUGCAAGCAUGGAAAGAAACGGCACUAAAAUCAGUGAAUCAACUCUGAUAGCACUGUUUAUCUUUACGCAAAAGGCCCUGGGUGACAAAUCUUGUUGGAAGUGGUACCUGGACACGCUUCCGACGUCUGGCAGCGGUGCGCUUUACUUCAAUCAUGAAGAGUUGUGCACUUUGGACGGAACACCGCUCAGAGCUGCUUCUGAGUCGAAACAGCGACAUUUGCGCCAGCAGUUCGCAUGUUUUACCGAUCCUCUGGCUAGCUGGAAACAUGCCCAGAAAAUUGAUGCACCGGUGGGAUUUGAGGAGUUCAAGUGGGCCAACUUUGUUGUUUUGAGCUUUAGGGAAUCUGGUGAUGGGUAUGCAGAUGCACACGCAGGCUGCGACCAAGCGCUAUUGCCUGCACUAGACAUGUUCAACCACAGCGAUCGCCCGUCGGCAUUUUGGUCGGCGAACCAGGACGGGUCGGUGUCGGUGUACGCUCCUGGGACCCCCACUGGCCCUGGCGUGGUCAUUAAUGGCGAGCACUUGACCGAGCUCCAUUUCACUUACGGUGAAAAACCCAACACUGAAUGGCUUUACGAGUACGGUUUUAUUCCAGAAAACAAUGAGCACGAUGCCUGGCCGUACCUGAUAGAGCCUUCUGGGAGCGCCCAACUUAUGUCCAUCAAGCAAAUGUGGAUGAGUGAGCUCGGGCUGUUGCCACGCGUCAUGUUUGCAGACCCUGCGACCACGGACGGUAGCCCUGACGGGCAGGGUAGCAGCUGCUAUAUCUCGCGGGAAGCUAUAGUUGCACUGUGUCUGGCUGCGAUCAGCGACACUUCAGACGCAUGCGCAAGCGCAGUCGGCACUGUUACUCUUGACUUUCCCUACUUCAUCAUUGACGGUGAGCUUCUUAUUGACGAUGACGACACGUUGCUGCUGGUCCCCGGCCUGCGUCGGUUUGCCUUGGAUAUGUGCAUCGGCAGGCUGCAAAAUGCCAUGCACACGAUGGCUGAAAAGGCGAACCAGCUGUCUUUGAUAUCCCCAUCAGCCAUAAAAGCGUACCUACUGGCAGAAUGCCGACUGCUUCAUCAGGUUAUCGCGGCACUAGAUCGGCUCAGGUGAUAGUAACCAAUCUAAAGGCGAGCACAGGUACAAAUGUCGCGUGCAGCAUAUAAGUGACAUCGCGUGUAAUUUGACAAACCACGGUCCUCUUUUUUUGAUUAAUUUUAAUCCUGCGCUAAUUAAUUG